AUGGCGGACACCAUGUUCGCCCAGUUUACCACAUCAGACCGCCGCAAAAAGGUCGUCUACGGCAAAUCGUCGCGUCUGUCUGGCGCCCUACCACCUGCACCGCUGCCAAACGAAGAUGCGCCUCCAUCGCCCGAGCGACCGCGAAAACAGACGGCAGUCUCGAGUGGGGCGCUGAAAAAGGCAGCGGGAAGCUUGAAGAUUGGAAAUAGCUCGGGCAAUGCGCGCACAAAGAAUGAUGACAUUGACAUCUUCGACGUGCCAUCCGAGGACGAGAUCGUAGUGCGCGCGAAGCCCACGAAGAAGCUCGUAACAAAGCCACGGACGCCCGAAGAAGACCUGCCCAUGUCCACAACUGAAGAUGACGGCCGUAAAGGACCGAAGAAGUUGGCCAAAGCUAAGCGACCAUCGACCAAACCGGAGCCUACGAAAGCUACCGUUAUCGCGAAGAAGCUGCCAAAGCCUGCACCCGUGCCACCGCUUUCGUCCUCUGACCCUAUCGCGCCUCGAACACUACGCACAAAGACACCCCAGCCGACAGAGCUGCUGAAACAAACUGUGAAGAAUGCCGGGUUGGCACAGCGACCCACGGCUUCCGCGCCAUCAGUGGUAUCCAGGGCGCAAAAGGUGGCGAAGACAAGCACGGCAUUGUCUUUGAAGAAAACCGCUGCGAAGCCUGUGGCAAAACCACCGCAAGGCCUGGAUGUAUUUGACAUGCCAUCUUCGGAUGACGAGGCUCCUUUGACAGUAAAGAAAGCGCCCCGUCAGAUGCCAGUGGGCAAGAGGAAGGAGUCUGCGAAAGAGCAUCAGACAAAGCCUAGAGAAGGGCGCAAAGAGUCGGCAGAGUCUGACGAUUCUAACGCGUCCAACAAGCGGAAACGCCAGCGGUCCGUCUCCUCUACUAUCGCCGUAACCAAGCCAUUGUCACGACAGAAGUCUGAGCUUCCAGAUGCUCAGCGAAGCCGCAAGUACCAGAAGAGCGAGGGCAGUACAUCAUCAGUUCAGAGACCUCUAGACCAACCACCUCCAAGUCGACCCCGAGAUACUGAACCUGCAUCGUCGCGGACAGCUGCAGUCAACAAACCGAAAAGGACAAGACAGCGCACGGUACCUGUAUUGGCGCCGUCCACGAUUACCAAGGGGUCAUCUUCGCCAGCCAGGCUCAACAGUAUGAUUCCGAGCCGCGAACCAUCCAAGUCGACCAUUGUCGUAGAGGUACCUGAAGUUGCCGAGGCGGAAGACCAGACCAUGUACGACAUUCCAGACGCUCUAGCUACGCCUGUUCGUCCAGUUCGCACGCCAAAAGUCACAACGCCUGGCUCUGCAACACCGCGGCAAAAGGAUCUUUUCGGCAGACUGCUAGGCGAUGCUUCAUCAUCGGCUACACCAAUGCCAAUGAUCUCUGCUCUACAACUGACAGAUCGUAAACCAAGAUCGCUUAUUGGUAGCAUGUCAAGGUCCAAGUCGGACGUCACUCACGGUACUGAAACCCGUAAGACUACACUUAUUGACACACUCAAACAUGUAGAGAGUAGUUCAGAGGACGAGGAAGAGAGUAGUAGUUUGAGUGACCAAGAGCCGGAAGAGCGCCUUGUCGGCGUUCAGUCCAUCGCGAGAUCUUCUCAAGAAGCCAAGGCCGCUGAUUGCGGAGCUGAACUGGCUUCUGAUGAUAUGGAAGUGGAUGGGGGUGCCAACGUGGAUUCGCAGACAUCGCAAACCACUUCCGGUUUUGGCGUCCGUCCGAAACUCACGUACGCAAUGUCGCGGUCAUACCUCAGAGAAACCGACCCCGACGAAGAUCUACUGAUCCCAAUGGAAUUCGAUAUGCCUGGCUCUCAAUCGCAGCGUAGAGACACUGUCUCCGUAUCAGAGGACGAGCCGGAGGCAGUGGGUCAAGCGCAGGCUCAUCAUGAGCUCAAGAGCCGCGGACGGAACUACGUUUUCGAGCAGGAAGCACAGACAAUGAUCGAUGACAUUUCCAGCACAACAACCAACAGCAUUCGACGUAAUGCAAUGGCUGAGUUGUGCACAAAGAUGGCCAACGAAACGUUCUGUAGUCAAUUACUUGACACGCCCCUAGCCCAUCAUUUGUUCAAGAAUAUCUCUGCUGGCGGUGAAAUUAUCUUCGAAUUUGCUGUCGCCGUUGCUACCGUCUUCAUCCUGCGGAUCAACCCCACAUACACCGUUCUAGACCAACUCCACGAAACUGGGAUUAUGACCCGUCUAGUAAAGCUUGUCGGAAACGAUACAGAGGUUCAAAAGAUAGCGAAAGAUCGCAAGACGAACCUGUCGAAGAUUGCCAAGGAAUCGGUACUGACCUUCCGCACGCUGGUCCAGCAAUCCGGCAUCUGGCUGUCCACGCCACCGAGCAAGAUAACACCACAACUUGUAGCCCUUAGAGCGAUUGAGCUCCUCGUAAUAGGUCUGCGCAAGGCUGGAAAUGCUGGAGUGCUGCUUGAUCAUACCAUGGUUUCGCAGCUUGUUGACAUUGCUUCCAACUCGAAUGAACGAUUGAGCAUUAACGAAGGGACCCCUGAGGAUGAUACGAUCAUGGCUAUGAUACUUUCUACAUUGGAGUCGGUUUCAGCUACAAGGCAAAGACAGGUUACGUGGUCCACUACUGUCCUUCGAAAGAUCGCUGGGUUCAUGCCUCGAUUCUUCCAUCCUGACGCAGCCUCCUCGACCAUGUUAUCGGUUAAGCUCUGUAUGAAUCUUACCAACAAUAAGCCAAAAGCUUGCCAGCCAUUUUCUGCCAAGGCCUUUGUGCAACCUCUUGUGCUAUCCGUCAUCGAGAGGUUCACAUUCCUUAAUGCAGGACUGGCACCAGAGAAGCGAACUGAGGUCUUGGAGAGCCUCAUCCUAAGCUUGGGCGCUACCAUCAACCUCGCUGAAUUUAGUGAUGAAAUGAGAGCCAACGUUGGCGACAGUGAGCAGACGAUAGCUACCUUAGUCGCGAUCUUUCUAGAGGGUUCCGAGCGAGCGUCACAGGCAAACUCUCUCGAAGACUCUCAUUCCGGUGUAACGAUUGGGUAUCUCGCCGUACUACUAGGCAAUCUAUGUCUUGACGAAAGAAUAAGGGACAGGGUUCGCGCGCUCCUACCGAACAAGCGGCUCGAUACGCUCGUCGACAGCAUCAAAGAGUUUGUUCGGGUGCAUGAGCAUGUUGAUAGAAAGGUGGAGGACUUUGAGGGGGCAGAAGGGCAAGAGGCUUUGCAGACCUACACCGCGCGCCUCAUGCAUGUUGUGGAGAGGUUGCAAAGCGCAACGGCUUGAACAUACCACAGGCAGCAGAAGGCUAAAUGUCGCCUACAUGUGUCUGUUUUGUCGAUAAGAGGCCAGCUUGUGUUUGGUGGCAUUUAUUGCUGAACUUGAUUGGUCAUAGGAUAUGAGACAACAGGUUAUUUGCUCAUAUUCUGGUGGUGGGCUCUUGUUGGUUAGUCUUUUUGGCGGCUAAGUCAUGAUACCCCAAUGUAUGAAUGUGCGC